UUUUUAAGGUUAUUUCUUAUCGUAGCGUCUUUUCAAUUAUCUACAGUAAUUGGUGUUUAUGUGUAUGAAUUGACUGGAUAAUAUUUCUUAAUAAUUUCAACUGAAUCGUUAUGAAAUUUUAGUAUCCGGCUCUUCGCGGCAGUGGACUCGACAUUAAUAAAACAUUUUGCAUUGACUAGCGGUAUUCCGUCGUAAUGGGUAAAAAAGUCAGAGAAUACAAGUCGGGCGAUUUUAUUUUCGCCAAAGUAAAAGGCUAUCCAGCAUGGCCGGCACGGGUGCAAAGAAUGAAUGGAAAGAGAUAUUUUGUGUAUUUCUAUGGCACCGGAGAGACUGCAAAUUUACCACCGAACAUGAUAUUUGAUUAUGCGGAGAACAAAGACAAGUUCCUCACUAAGACAGUGAAGCGUCGCGACUUCAAUGAUGGUGUGAAGCAGAUCGAGUAUGACUUCGCUAACAACGUACCCUUGGAGGACGUCAUCGGAGUGCCUCUCGAGGCACCAGCAGACACUACCGCUAACGACACCGGGAAUGACACAGCCAAUGACACCAUGGACGACUCCGUGGCCGACACCACAUCGGCCGACGACACCGUUGCUGAUGAAAGUAUAGCCAACACGACACAGAACGAUGGCGGAGUUGAGGACUCGGAUGAGACUGGCGCGUUGGUUAUCGAUGAAAGCAAUAAGGAAAAGAAGGGAAGAAAAUCAAAUGCAAAACCAGCCACACCUGCCAAGCCGAUGAAAGAGCCGAAAACUCCACGCGGCAAAGCCAAGAAGGACGAGGCUAAAGAAGAAGACAGAGAAGAGGAGAAGAAAGAGGAGGAAAUUGUGAGCAGAAGCGGAAGGAAAAUACGACCUAAGAGGUACAUAGACGAACAAACAGAAGAGAACGCUACAUUGCCGUCGCCGGCGCCUAAGAAACGUCGGGGCGCGUCGCCGCCUUUGGAGAAGGAGAAAGAAAAGGUGGAACCUACAAAAGAGAAGUCCGUCGAAAAGGUUUUCAAGCAGUAUCAUACUAUUUCACAGUCCGAAUUGGAGGACUUGAAGGAACCAUACAAACAAGAGGACGUUGAAAAGGACAACAUACUGAUCGCGUACCUGCCCACCGGUCAAUAUGUUGGUAUAAAGCUGUUCCAAUCGCGUCCCACAUCUUUCAAGAACGAAUCUGCAAGGUUGCAGUGGGAUAAACAGGCCGCUUCUAACGCAGUCACUCUCAAAUUGCAAUUAGAAAGAGGCCAAAUAAAAGCUGAAUCAAUAUUGGCGCAGCUGGUGAUGGAGCUUAAUCUCAGUGAAGAGGAGAAAGCCACACUGGACAAAGAUAGAGAGACAGACGAGAAGAAGUCAAGGGUACAAUUUUUGAAGACAGAAAUGAAGUUAAUAGAGUUGGACGCCAAGAUAAAAACAUGCCUGUGCCUGGAGAAGGCUGACACAGAGCUAUGUCUCAAGUUAUUGGACGAAUUGAUGGAACUAGACGUGAAACCCCUGAUGCUGCUCAAACACCCGACGUGCCUGGAGACAGUCAAGCGCAUGCGGGCGUACGUGGGGAAUACGCCCUCGUGGGACCUCAGCGAGAGCGCCGCCCUCGUGUUCAGCAAGCAGGCGCACCGCAUACGGAAACAGGCGGACACCCUGUAUAAAAAUAUGAAGGAGCUAUUCGUCACGCCCGAGGGUCUGUCUUUCUGGGAGUACUUCUCGGAGCGCGUCAUACAGUUCAAGAAGGUGACGUCCAAGCUCAGCGCUGAUGAAUUGCUGGAGAUGGUGCAUGAGCCCUUAGAGAUGUCCCUCCCAACGGCUCAUACCAUGAAGGCGGCGAUAGACGCAGCAAACGAGGAAGACCAAAAGGACGGGGAAGAAGUUAAUGAUAAGAAAAAAGGCACACCAGUUAAACCAAAGAAAACGGCUAACAACGCCACACCGAUAAAAACAGCAACCAAGCGGCAGUCAUCCAGAAAAUUACAACAAGAAGACAAAGAUGUAAACACAAAGAAGGACACAAAUACAAAAAAAGACACUGCAGAUGAAGAGGAACCAGUUGAGAAAGCAGAGAAUGCUAAAAAUAAUGACAAGGAUGCUCAAAACACAGAAGAGAAUAACAAAGACACGGAAUCUAUGGAAGUGGAUAAUGAUAAAGAAACUACAGAAGUUGUCAACAGUAUAAAAGAAAAAAGUGUAGAUGACAAAGGCUCAAAAGAGAAGAACGCAAAGGAAAAGAAUUCAGACGAUAAAAGUACAAAAGAGAAAAAGAAUUCAGAAGAAAAGGUUGUAAAAGAGAAGAAAGAUAAAAAUUCGGAAGAUAAGAGUGCAAAAGAUAAAAAAGAGAAGAAUUCAGACGACAAGAGCACGAAAGAGAAAGUCGUUAAAGAGAAAACUCCAGAUGAAAAAAGCACAAAAGAGAAAGAAAAGAGUCCCAGUCCAGCGGAAAAAGAUAAAGAGAGUGAGGGUAAAGGUAAAGGUGACGAGGCGAAAGAAGAUAAAGCAGAGUCAAAAGAGGAGAAAGAUAAGGAUCUAGGAGAGCCUAGAGCGAAGAGGUCGAGAGAGAGCAAGAAGACUGAACCCCCACCGCCGAGGUCGCCAGCAAAGAGAAAGGCAAAAGUUUAAAGUGUUGCCACCAUUGAAAAUUGGAUAUUUUUAUACAGUGCGGUUGUAAUUGUGUCACGAAUGUCAUUUGGACGAACGAAUAGGUUUUGUUCUGUAUAAAUGAAUGCUAAUGAUGUUUUAAUAAAUUAUAUUUAGUCCACUGCUGGACAUUGCAAACAGAUAUAAGAAACAAUUAUCCUAUAUGUGGUAUGGUAAAAUUAUAGCUACUUCUAACAGUAACAGGCGCUCGUCACUUCGAACAAAAUAAGGAUACAUGUCUCGCUUUUUAACCCGAUUAAAAUCGCAUUUUAAAAAGUGACUGCUCAGCCAGAAAUAGAUAUAUUUAUACAUAUGUACGUAUAAGCCAGUAUCUUACAAGAUGAUGUGACAAUUCUCGCAAUACUUUUAACUUAAUUUUAAACUUUCGCGUUGUUUACACGUUUAAAUUUAUUCGAUAUGGGAUUUAAUUUAAAAAUAAAAAUUAGGUAUGUUGGUAAUAUUUACCUGAAAUCGCGAAUAAUUCCUAUCGUGUAUUUAGAUAUGCUAUACAUACAAAUCCUGGAAACAUUAUAUUCCUUUCUUGUUAAAAAGUCAUGUAGAAAAAGUUUAUAUUAGAUACUAUGCAACCAGUUUAUUGAAUUAAAAAAAAUACUUAAGUUGCCGUGUUUUCUGUAAUAUUUGUCGAUAUUGAUGUUUUGUAUAUUGUGAAUAAUUUUUUAUUGAAUAUUAAAAUAUAAUUAAUUAUUUCCACACGAUUUAAACUAAUAAAGUUAACUCACAUUCGACAGCAGUGAAAUUAAUUAAUUUGAUUUUGUUGAUACUUCCAGAUGGUUGCAUAGACUUCUUUUCGUGGAGUAGCAGUAAAAUAAAUGAAAAAAAAAAUAUCCAAAAUAUAUCUACGUAAUAUUUAGCACGCCAUUAAAACAAUGUUAGUAAAUAUGUGAUUCUAUAAUACUAAUUGACAUCUAUUUCAACCAUAUUUAUGCAAAUUUAUUUACCAUAUUUAUUUAUUAUUAUUAUUGUAAUAACAUAACUUUAAAAUGGCUGCGUCAACAAGAUGGCGGACCACAUUAUAAAAAGUUUGAUCUUAUGCUACGCAAUGCUCGUAAUUGAUUAUUGAAAUAAAUAAAAAAAUCUUUUUUUAGAAGUCAAAUUAUGCAGUCAUAUCCGCGGAUUACAUUUAGUAAUACACACAAUUUACUUUUUUAUUAAAACAUCAUUAAGCAAUGUUAACCUUCGAUUUGACAUACAAAUGUAUGUGAGGACUUUUUAUGACGAAAUUCAAAGUUGUAGUAUAAAUUUACUUGUUUUAGAACUAUUAAUAUAUAUAUAUAUAUA